GGGAGCGCGGGAAAUCCCGGGUGCAGCUGGAAUUUCGCAGGUGGUGAGGACCAUGGCCACCUCUUCGGUGUCCAAGGGUUGUUUUGUGUUUAAGCCAAACUUCAAGAAGAGAAAGAUCUCUGUGCCAAUAGUUACAGGAGUUCAGGACUGCCAUGGGAGUAGAACUGGAUUCAGUAGAACAAAAGAAGUUCAAAAACAGUUUCAAGUGCAUAUAGGACUAUUUUAAUAAAGGGAAAAAUGACUCUGAGGACAGUAAGCUUCGCUUUGAAACUUACCAGUUGAUAUGGCAGCAGAUGAAAUCUGAAACUGAGCGGCUACAAGAGGAAUUAAAUAAAAACCUGUUUGACAGUCUAAUUGAAUUUCUGCAGAAGUCUCAUUCUGGGUUCCAGAAGAAUUCAAGAGACUGGGGCUGUCAAAUAAAACUCAGAGAAAUUCCAACUGCUGCUCUUGUUCUAGGUGUGAAUGUAACAGAUCAUGAUUUAACAUUCAGAAGUCUAACAGAAGUCCUUCAGAAUAAUGUUACUCCAUAUGUAGUUUCAUUGCAAGCUAAAGAUUGUCCAGAUAUGAAACAUUUUUUGCAAAAGCUGGCCUCACAGUUGAUGGACUGCAAUGUAGACGUCCAAUCCAAAGAGAAAGAAGGUGUUCAGGUCACCCAGAAAAAGAUACAUUAUUCAAUGGAUUCUCUUUCCACUUGGUAUAUGAAUGUCACACAGAAGACCGACCCAAAAAUACCAAGAAAAAAGAGGACUCCUAGCCAAUGGCAGUCUCCUCCUGUUGUGCUUAUCUUAAAGGAUAUGGAAAGCUUCACCACAAAAGUACUCCAAGACUUUAUAAUCAUCAGCAGUCAGCAUCUACAUGAAUUUCCACUAAUACUCAUUUUUGGAAUCGCCACGUCUCCUAUUGUCGUCCAUCGGUUGCUUCCUCAUGCAGUAUCAUCUCUAUUGUGUAUAGAACUAUUCCAGUCUUUGUCUUGCAAGGAGCACCUGACUACAGUACUUGAUAAGCUACUUCUUACAACUCAAUUUCCGUUUAAAUUAAGUGAAAAAGUGUUGCAGGUUCUGACCAACAUCUUUUUGUAUCAUGAUUUCUCAAUCCAAAACUUUAUAAAAGGACUUCAGCUUUCUCUAUUAGAACAUUUCUAUUCCCAGCCCCUCAGUGUUCUGUGCUGUAAUCUCCCAGAAGCCAAGAGAAGAAUAAAUUUUUUAUCAGAUAAUCAAUGUGAAAACAUCCGACGUCUUCCAUCGUUUAGGAGGUACGUGGAAAAGCAAGCUUCAGAAAAGCAAGUUGCACUGUUGACCAAUGAGAGAUUUUUGAAGGAGGAAACACAGUCAUUACUAGAAAACCUGCAUGUUUACCAUACAAAUUACUUCCUGGUUUUGAGAUGUCUUCAUCAGUUCACCUCUUCUCUUCCCAAGUACCCACUGGGUCGACAGAUCAGAGAGCUGUACUGCACGUGUUUAGAAAAGAACAUACUGGAUUCAGAGGAGUAUGCAUCGGCUUUGCAGCUGCUGAGGAUGUUGGCAAAGGAUGAACUGAUGGCCAUGCUUCAGAAAUGUUUCAAGGUUUUUAAGUCCUCUUCUGAAAAGCAUUUUGGCAACACAGCAAAGAGAAUAGAGGAGUUCCUGGCCCAGUUUCAGAGCCUCGAUGAAGCCAAAGAAGAAGAAGAAGAUACUUCUGAGUCACAGUCAAAGGGACUUCAGAAGACAGACCUCUAUCAUCUUCAGAAGUCAUUACUGGAAAUGAAGGAGUUAAGAAGAACAAGUAAGAGGCAGACCAAGUUUGAAGUCCUCAGAGAACAACUUGUGAGCUUCAUCGACAGUCUGGUGAGAGAAUACCUCCUGCUUCCAGAGACACAGCCUCUGCAUGAGGUGCUGUACUUCAGUGCUGCCCACACCCUUCGCCAGCACCUGAACGCUGCCCCGCGGAUCGCCCUCCAUACCGCACUCAACAACCCAUAUUAUUACCUCAAGAAUGAAGCACUGAGAAGUGAAGAAGGUUGUAUUCCAAAUGUUGCCCCAGACAUCUGCAUAGCAUAUAAACUGCACCUGGAGUGCAGCAGGCUAAUCAACCUUGUGGACUGGUCGGAGGCCUUUGCAACAGUUGUGACAGCUGCUGAAAAAAUGGAUGCAAAUUCUGUAACCUCAGAAGAAAGGAAUGAAAUUAUCCAUGCUCGGUUUAUUAGAGCUGUUUCUGAGCUAGAACUUUUAGGAUUUAUAAAGCCCACCAAACAGAAGACUGACCAUGUGGCAAGGCUAACAUGGGGAGGCUGCUAGAAAGCAAAUGAGUGAAGCCAGAAAGAUAGCAUUUAGCUUAAGAAAAAGGAGACCAAUCAUAUUUACACACCGGUAGAGGAAGAUUGCUUGGGAAGAAGAAUAAUGUGUAAUCCCUGUGUGAUGUUUAAACAGAAAAGUAGACUGUUAAUCCCUAUCAGGAAUGUAUCGAAGCACCUUUGGAGUACUUUAGAAUCCAACAAGUAACAUGCUAACAUUGCAAGUAGAACCUCUCUCAGAGUAUCACUGCAAUUUUCAGUCAUUAAGAAAUUAUGAAUAAAUUGUUCUUGAACAUACAUAAUGUAUAAAUGUAAUAAAUUCCUUUGUCUAGGAGUAUCUAUUAAUAUGCAUUUGAUUUAAUAGUACUUAUUCCUGCUCCCCCAGUUUCUUGCACUGGCAUUCCUCACUUUAGUAAAUUAUGUAAUAAGAUGAACAUUCUAGAGGUUUCUCCUAGUGACUACAGAGGUUCUAAAACUGCCUCUGCUGCCCCAUUUCCUUUAGUCUUACAACUUAAAAAAGUCCCAAGUUGUUUGGCUUUAUGCUUAAAGGCAGUAAAUAUUCUACUUAAGGAUGACCCGUCAUGGAGUCUUAGAGCCUCUAAGGCCUUUACAAAUCACAUCAACCUUUUAAGACACAGAUGAAAUGACAUCUGAAUCUCUUCCAUGACAAGAACUCAUCAAGACAAUGAAACAAAGAGACCUCAAGUUCAUUAUUUAAUAUUCUAUUUCCAAGAGAAUUCUGGGAUGUGUCUUUAAGUAUACUCACUAACAUACCAAAAUUACCAUGCAAAUAUGACCAGGAGAAAAGAAGUCCAAAUUCAGUGAAGACUGUUUUAGUUGCAAACCUUAGAACUGUGUACUUGCAGGUCUUUUUGUGUGUGUGUGCUUUGAGGACAAAUUUAAUGUAUAACUGUUUUAAAAUUUAAUAUAAACAAACUUAAUAUAUAACUUAAACUUCAUUAAUUCUGGAGUGUAAAGGAGGUAUUUUGAGUAUAAAGGGCAUCUUAGCCCUCUGGCAACAGGGUGGGCCGAGAUGACAUUAACGGAUAAAUGCUCCCUUCCCCACUUCCCGCUCCAAAAACUAAAAGUGCUAGAUGAAAUAUACUCCAAAACAAAUCAUCAGAAUGUUGCCAGGGUUAAAAAGAAAGGUAAAUCCCAAGGUACCAGAAAUAAUUGCAAGCCAGAGCAGAAAGUGUCUAGCCCUACAAAGCUUUGAGACAAUUACCAGAGUAGCAUUAGUUCAGAUAGAUUAAAAGUCUUAUUGUCUUCAUCUAAAAGAUGCCAGGAUUUCUUAUUCAGCAGAAUUUAAAAACAUGUACAUAUGCACACAGGGCUGUCAACUUGGAAAGUAAGGAAUUUAUGAUAUGUAAACACAAACACCACCACCAAU